AUGGGGAAAACGUGGAAGAUUUUGAGCACCGCCAAUGCAAGAAAAGAUGUGGGUGAAUAUUGGAAAGGAGACAUGAAAGGUCAACCCAUGCCAGAAGCAAUAAAAGAGCUUCUUCAGACUGCUUCAACCUCAUUUGCCUCCAAUGAGAAAACUGAUUGUCACGAAUAUGAUGUUUCAAUUUAUCACGAUGAUGUUGGUCUCCAAAAAAAGAAGAUAUUGCAUGAGAGAUCAUCUGAAAAGGAGUUUGAGCCAAGACCUGAUGUCUCAAUUUAUCAUAACGAUGAAACUCUUAGCAUCAAAGCCCUUAAUUGA